GCCAGUGCGCGCGCUGGAGACCGCACCGCUCGGCGCGUCGGCGGCUCGGCAGGCGGCCCGCCGCCGGGCGCAGCUGGCCUGCGAGGCAGGCUUGCGGCAUGCGUGGGCGGCUCGUGGCGUGGCCGCCAGCGGGCAGCGCGCCCGACGCUGCGGCCGGCGUAACGCCGCGUGGCACGUGGCGCGCGUCCCGCCUCACGGCUUCACGCAGGCCACCGAUGAGGAACUCCAUUGGGCUGCCGCAGGGCCCCGCCUUGGAGCGACCCUCGGCUGUGAGCCACUGUGCGAGGAUGCCGCGGGGUACGUGGCGGCGGUCACGAUGCCCGUCGGCGUUCUUCCCGACGGCCCCGCCCCUGGCCAUCCCGCGGCGGCGGCGGGGGAUCGGCCCGCAGGGCUACGGGAGGCCGCCCCUCCCUUCGCGCAGGGCGCGGAGGCGUGGCCAGCUGCCGACGCUGUGCCGCGAGCGGCGGAGAAGGGCGCGGAGGACGAGGUGCGAGGCAGCCGAUGCUCGCGCGGUGCCGUCGUCUACUCAUCCUGUACGCUGGGCCCUGCCCGCGGCUGCACGCGCGGCGGGGGCCGCGACGGCGCUGCCGCGGAGGGCAUGCCCGCGCCGCGCACGCCGUGGCCGAGGACGCAGGAGCGGCCCAGGGACCUCUCCCCCGUGAAGGUGGUGAAGGAAGGCCCUGACCGCACGCCGAUGGACACGGUCUCGGGGGCCGUGCCGAUUCUUGGCGAGAGCGCUGGCGAAGGUCAGGGCUCGGGCGCCCAGUUCAUCGUGGACGAUGCCCCUGGCUUCUGCUUGCCUGCCGCCUGGGCUGCGGUUGCGACCGCGAGGGCGUUGCGGCGGCGAUCGAGCCAGCCUUUCGCGCGUCGCCGGGCGGAGCUGGCAGGCGAGGCCCUGGCGGCCACGCAGCGGUUCCGCACGCUCUUCAACGCCUGGUGGGAGGUCUGGCCGCACGUCGAUGACGACGUGUACCCCGCCACCGCGGCAUUCGACGACUACGGCUUCAACGGUUCCGUCGGCGCGGACUGGGUGCAGCGGCCCUUCGAGCCGCAGGUCGUGCGCCCGCCGCCGCCGCCGCCGCCUCCACCCCCUCCUCCCCCUCCCUCCAGUUCGGCCCGUGGCGACGGCCGCCGAGAGUUCACCCCG